AUGGAGCGUGUAGAAAGGAUGUUUUCGGAGAAAGCUCCAGGUGAGAGGUAACCAGGAUUCUAAUGCAGGACUUUGUCCACUAUGUAAAGACUAUGUAGGAAGGAGGUUUUCGCUGAAAAGCUCAAGUGAGCGGAAACCACCUGGAUUCUAGUGCAGGACUCUCCCUUGACUUUCGAGGGGUAUAAGAAUCGUUACCUGGGUUCUCCACCAACAAGUAUUUAGGAAGGAGGUUUUCGGGGAAACGUUUAUAGACGAGAGAAAACCAGGACUCUUAAAAUGUUGGGUCUGUCUCCAAUUCUUGUCAGUUAACACGGGUUCUUCUUUAACGGCUACGAGUUAAUUAAUAACUCAAACUACACUAAAUAUUGGCGGCAAGUUUUUAAAUAACUUAGAUGUGGGUACGUCGAACUUGGUGACCCUGAAAAGUACAAUGCAGUUUAUAUUGACUUUAAUGUCUACUAUCUGUUGCCCACCAAAGUGGUUAAAGCAAGCCUAUCAAGUUAAUUAGGUCAAGAUGUCCAAGAAAGCAAAUGGAAGCUAAACGCCAACCAAACCUUCGAUGCACUAGCUACCUAAUAAGCCAAAAGGGAAACUCCGAUGUAGAAACAUAUCCAAGGUCAGAUGUGAGAUGUGACCCCAAACGUGCCUAUUUCAAAGGUUGGCCCUCUAAUUCAAUUAAACCUUGAGAUAAACGAUACUUUCGUUGACAAACUCACAUUUAUAAAGCUGUCGACACAAAUUAACGAAUUAACCUUGAUCUGCAAACCCCAAUCAUGGCGAGAUCAGCUCAGGCGCAAACAAACUAUCAGCGAAAAUCCUCACAAUAAUAUCUUUCAAAACAACCAACUAAUUACCUAAUUGCUAGCAAUCUUUCAGUGCUCUUUGUAUUCUAUUUCAAUAUUUAUUUAGUAUUUUUCUUGUUGCGAUUUGAUGGAUUGUUUAACCUAACAUAAUCCUACCAGCUAUAGACGAGUGCGCCUCUGGAACACACAACUGCAGUGCCAAUACGUUUUGCACCAAUAAUGUGGGAUCUUACACUUGCACCUGUAAUCCGGGAUACUAUGGUGAUGUAGAGAACUGUGAACCAAGUGAGUCUUAGGCAUUUUUUAUAGGAGAAAUUAAACCAUUCUUAGCUUUAAAUAAACCAUAAUACUUUAUCUUCUUCGAUUCAGGCCUAUUUUGAGGUCUAUUAAGGGGACAGAAGACUACAAACAAUGUUGUUGCUCCUGCAAAUAUUGAUGGAGUAACCGUUCAUCGAUCUGUGGUGAUUUUUCCAAAUAGUUCACGGCAAGUAUUUGUAAGUCUGACUUUUAAACAAUGAUGAUUCUUUCAAUUAAGACAUAAAUAGUUCCUUCUCGAAAAAUGGGUAAUAAAAUAAGAAAAUAAAAACAUCUUAAGUUACUGCCGUUAAUGCCUCUAGUCAUCAUGCAGUAGUGCAGUAAUUUAAAUAACUGAAAAAUAAAUUAUGUUUAGUAGUUAUUAUUUCCUUUAUUUUCACACAGUUUCGACGUGCAAGGACAUUUUUGACAAGAACAUGUGAGUAGUAAGACAUUAUUCGUUAUCUUUCUAUUUAAAUGAUACAGCUUUCAGCAUGACUGUGAUGCGUGCAUUUCAUGUAUAUAACAAUACACCAAAAUGCACGACAACCAAUACAGAACAUAUUUCCUCUGGGCCACGGCAUUUUAACGAGAUUCCGGUUAGUCACAGGGUACAGCAACGCCUUCCUUGAGAGCAAAAAAACUAGCCUCGGUAAAGGGCAAGGAAAUAUAAUUGCCAUUCUAAAGAUGUUAUGAUGCGUUAUUAUACGUUGUGCCUGCCUUUUCAUUGUAAGAGUUCACAAUUACUUUUGUCAAUAAACGCACCUUCGCGCUUACAGAUUAUAUUAAUUAGCUGGUUAUCUGCUAGCAGUUAACAAACUAAUCUGUGGGCUGCAAGGCAGCGCAAUUCAGGAUUUUCAAGAGUAAUGUCAAACUGUGUUCAGUGCGACAGUGUGUUUUUCUUUAUUAUAAAACAAUUAAUAAAUGUAGUUUUUGUGAUACCCUAAAUAAUCAAUCUAGAUCUGAUGUCUCGCAAUUUCUACUUUUAAGAUCCAGAGAAGACAAAGCAUACCCUCUAGUUUUGGAGGAUGAGGUUGUUGACGUUUACUGUCAUAUGACCAUGGCUACGACUGGAAAUGGUGCAUGCGGUGAUGGUGGAUGGACGCUGGUUAUAAAAAUGGAUGGCAACCAG